AUGGGUGUGGUCUCUACGAGUGCCAUGCUCUCACAGGUGCUUUUUCAUUUGCACUUUGUUACUCUGACCCUUGGCCAGUAUGACAUAUGCAAGUCGCUGUUUAGUACGGACGAUGGACCAACAUGGGAGUUUUAUGCGUGCCAGCCAAAACCAAUGGCUAUGAAGGAGUUCGUGCAAAUUAGGGUGGAUCCUCCUGGCAUCACUUGCGGCAACCCCCCGGAGAGGUUCUGUACCCUGGAGAACCCCUACCUGUGUAGUGACGAGUGUGACGCCUCCAACCCGGACCUGGCUCACCCUCCCCAGCUGAUGCAGGAUCGUGAGCGCAGCGGCCUCAUCACCUAUUGGCAGACGGUGACAUGGAGCCGCUACCCGGAGCCCCUGCUGGCCAACAUCUCCCUGGCCUGGAACAAGAGCCUGGAGUUGACCGACGACAUUCAGGUCACCUUCGAGUAUGGCCGCCCCACCAUGAUGGUGCUGGACAAGUCCCUAGACAAAGGGCGCACCUGGCAGCCCUACCAGUUCUACGCCGACGACUGCAUGGAAGCCUUCGGCAUGCCCGCUAAGCGGGUGCAGGACCUGUCGGCCACCAAUGUGACGCGGGUCAUCUGCACAGAGCAGUACUCUCGCUGGGUGGGCUCCAAGAACGAGAAGGUGCUGCGCUUCGAGGUGAUGGCACGCUUCACUAUCUUCACGGGGCCCAAGCUGCUCAACAUGGACAGUCUGUACACACGCAUGGAGAGUAUGAAGGGCCUGAGGGACUUCUUCACUUUCACCAACCUGAGACUGAGGCUGCUGAGGCCGGCCCUGGGGGGAACCUACGUCCAGAAAGACAACCUCCUCAAAUACUUCUACGCCAUCUCCAACAUAGAGGUACCAGCCAGGUGUAAGUGUAACCUCCAUGCUGGCCAGUGCACCUUUCGGGAGGGAAGCCUGCAGUGUGACUGUGAACACAAUACGACGGGCCAAGACUGCACUCGCUGUGAGAGGGGCUUCAAAGCCAAGUCAUGGAAACCUGGAUCGUACCUACCCACCCCCAACGGAUCCCCCAAUACCUGUGAUGCUGCUGGGACUCUUGGCACACCCACAACAGUCCAGACUCCGCCAACAACCACACCUGCGUUGGCGACUACCACCAAGCCACCCACAGACCAACUGCCCACAAUUACCACUAUUAUGGCAGACAUCACCACCUUCACUGACAUAGUGACAGCUGUGGUGGGUCCCACAUCCAGCACAAAGCUCAGUGACUCCCUAACUGACACACCAGUGCUGCUUCUGGCAACAGAUCAAACGUCUGUGCCAGCCACGAUACCAGCCACACUUCCAGCCAGUAUGUCAGACACUGUGCCAGUCUCUGCCAGUCCCGACCAGACAGACAGUCCAUCCUUAACCACAGUGAACUUUCCCCCAAUGGAGGUAAAUCCCCCCACAACCACAGUGAGAGCGCAGCCGAAAGGUAAGUACCCUGAAACACCAGAGGAAUCACUGACCUCUGACCUCUCACCCUUACACUACAUGAGCUUUAACACCUCAAAUAAUACUUUUUUCUCCAAAUGUCUUUUGAUAUUGUUCAGGGAUCUAAAUGUAUGAAUAUUGGUUAGACUAUUCUUGAAACACAUCCACUUUGGACAUAUCGAUGGUCACAUGGAUUUUCUGUGACUUAAUCAUUUAGUACAUUUUUACAAAAGUUUGGGACUAUAAGAAUAGCAAAGCAAACCUGGGUUAUGAUACCAUAAAACAUCAUAACUGACUAGCAAUUUUACAUUGAUGUAAUAAUAGAAAUGUUGAUUGUUGUGCUUCACCCGUGUUAACUAAUGAGAGCAAUACAAGACGGGACACAUGAUGAACUGAGCACAGUGGCGUAGUAGUGUUUGUGAUCUUACUCCUACUAAAACACUUUGUCCGUCUCACAAUCUGUGUCUCGUAAACCAUAUGUUUUAAACCGUCUUGCCUGUAAGCAAAACUGAGACCAGGGGUUAACAGCAGAUUAAACUGUGGUUUAAUGGGAACAGUCAAGUGACGCACUGGGUCCUUGAAACAGACGCGUAAGAGAGACCGUCAGGAGAAACAAAACGUCUUCAUUGUUUGGCAGAGGAAACCCAAAGAAGCCUGUAGACUGUCAUAUUUACCCCUAUUAACCUCUCCCAGUGUGAAUCAGGUCUGCCAGAGGCCAUAGAGUGCCUUGUUCUCCCCAGAGGUUGCACUGGGGUAAAGAGAUUAAACAUGAUUACUGGGCUAAAGUAGUCCUGAAGGCAAGGUAUGGUAUAAGGGCCAUGAUUACUGACCUCUUAACAUCUCCAUGUGCUAGGCUACUUACACUUUAGGAUUCCCUGUCUGGUGCCAGCUACUAGCUUAGUAGUGUCCCUCAGUGCCAGGUUGGAGUAUUAGAACAGAGCUUUGCUGUUGUAUUCACGGUACAAAUGCUACAUGAAAGAGACAGUGAAUGUGGGAGUGAAUUGGGGUGUUUGGAGAGUAUGGAAUGCAUACUUUGAGAGGACCAAUGAUAAAAAAAAGUUGAAGUCAUCAUAUCAUUCCGUGCUGUGUUUUGGUCUAUUGACAGAGACGUUUUGGGUAAUAAAUAAAAAAAAUACAGAAGGUGAGAAGUUGGCCAAGUGUUUUCUACUCUCUUGUUUGGAAGAUAAAAUACCCAGCAGGCUCACUAUCCCUCAGGCUCUGGCAGCAUGUUGAGUUCAUCCCAGGGCUUUCCAGAACACAGAUUAAACUGCCUACUUUGAUUCCCUCGGGAAUGUUUGAUAGGAAAAGGAAUGCAACAGAACAUUUCACACCACCUGCGAUAGAAUGGCACCAAAGUGCUUUGUGGCCCUGGACUUUUGAAUCAAAUGGUCAUUCUGUUUGUUGCUCUCUUACCGCCUUCCUCCUGCCGAGCAAGGGUCUGAUGAUAUCCACUGUUCACAAGGAAAGUGCUGCCACUGGACACAAUCAGCAGCCAGGAGCGAUAAAUCAUUAAAAAAACGCUAUCAUUUGUGUAGCAUCAUCUUUUUCUGGAGCACAGCAUCGAGCCAGCAAUACUGGUGCUGGGGGCCAAAGCUCAAGCCUUUUCUGAUCUAUUUCUGAAUACCAAUUGAAUGAACAGCUGCUAAAUAUUUCACAAGCCGGGAGAAGACAGGUCGUGGUAAGGGAGAGCAAACCAGGCAAGUUACGGAGCCUGUGGAGAUAGAUACAGUAGAUAGAUACAUGAAACCAUAACAGGAUGGAGGCACGGAGCCGUGUCCUUGAGGAGUAGCCACAGGGCAGAUGCAGGGGAAGUGAUGAUAUCUGGGCAUGGGGUAUCCCAUUUCUACUGAUACUGACAGAAAUAGGGGAAAGUUGAAUGCUGUAGAUAUCACAAGACGAUGCCAGCGAGCCAACAUCAAAAUAUUAUAAAUAUAGCGGUGCAGUGGUUAGUAUGCCAUCUUAACAACUGAUUGGUGUGAUUUUUUUCUGUACACAAUUGCAGUUACUGAAUCAUCUGAUGCAGCUGAUGCCACAUCUGACUCAGUCACACCAUCAUCUGAUGCAACCACUCCAACAUCAGUUGGAUAUACUCUCACACCUGACAGCACAACGACAACUUCUUACACAGUGACUUCUGACACCAGUACCACAGCAUCUGACACAAGUACUACUACAUCUGACACAAGUACGGCUACAUCUGAAACAAGUACUACAACAUCUGAAACAAGUACUACAACAUCUGAAACAAGUACUACUACAUCUGAAACAAGUACUACUACAUCUGACACAAGUACCACAGCAUCUGACACAAGUACCACAGGAUCUGACACAAGUACCACAGCAUCUGACACAAGUACCACAGCAUCUGACACAAGUACGGCUACAUCUGAAACAAGUACUACAGCAUCUGACACAAGUACCACAGCAUCUGACACAAGUACCACAGCAUCUGACACAAGUACCACAGCAUCUGACACAAGUACCACAGCAUCUGACACAAGUACCACAGCAUCUGACACAAGUACCACAGCAUCUGAAACAAGUACUACAACAUCUGACACAAGUACCACAGCAUCUGAAACAAGUACUACAACAUCUGACACAAGUACCACAGCAUCUGACACAAGUACCACAGCAUCUGAAACAAGUACUACAACAUCUGACACAAGUACCACAGCAUCUGACACAAGUACCACAGCAUCUGACACAAGUACCACAGCAUCUGACACAAGUACUCCAGCAUCUGACACAAGUACUACAUUUGACACAAGUUCAACAACAACUGAGAGAAGUACUACAAUAUUUGACACAAUUACGACACUAUUUGACAUUAGUAUUACGCCUUCUGUCACUAGUACUAACACAGUUGACACAAGUACCACAACAUUUGACACAAGUACCACAACAUUUGACACAACCACCACAGUAUCAGACACAAGUAUCACAACAUUUGACACAAGUACUACAUUUCUAACAAGUACUAAAACAUCUUACACAAAUAUUUAUUUUGACACAAGUUCUACAACAACUGACACAAGUACCGUAUCUGACUCAAGUACUACACUAUUUGACACAAUGACUUCAACAUCUGAUAUAUUUACCACAACUUAUGGCACUAUUACUUCAGCAUCUGAUGUAUUCACUUCAACAUCUGGUGUGCCCUUUCUGGCAUCGGACACAGUUACUCCAGCAUCUGAUGUAGUAACACCACCAACAGAUGGAUUUACCUCACCCCCUGAUGAUACAUUUAUUCCAGCAUCUGAGGAAGAUACACCCGCCUCUGACGUGGCUACUUCAGUAUCUGAUGGACUGACCUCACGACCUGAUGAAGCUCCUUCAACACCUCAAGCAGUUCCUCCAACUCCCGACACGGUUUCCUCAGCACCCGAUCCUCUAUCCCGUACACCGGGUAGAGACACCACCCAAGCUCCAGACAAAUCUACUCCAGCACCUGACACAGAUACCUCAACAUCUGAUGCUGCUACCCUGGCACCUGUUGUAGCUACUACAGCUCCAGACUCAUCUUCAGCAGCUCCUGAUCCUGCUACCCCAUCUCCUGAUGUAGGACCAGUUCCUGAUUCAGUUGAUCCAGCUCCUGAUGUAGGACCAGCUCUUGAUUCACUUGAUUCAUUUCCUGAUUCAGUUGAUCCAGCUCCUGAUGCAGGACCAUCUCCUGAUUCAGUUUAUCCAGCUCCUGAUGUAGGACCAGCUCUUGAUUCAGUUGAUUCAGUUGAUUCAUUUCCUGAUUCAGUUGAUCCAGCUCCUGAUACAGUUGAUCCAGCUCCUGAUGAUGCUGUUGAUCCAGCCCCUGAUGCAGGACCAGCUCCUGAUUCAAUUUAUCCAGCUCUUGAUUCAGUUGAUUCAGCUCCUGAUUCAGGACCAGCUCCUGAUGCUGCCGCUCCAAUGCCUGAUGCUGGGGUCGGUGAGAAAGUGGAAAAUAAAGAAGAAAAUGUUAAAGAGGAAAAAGGUACACCGUGAUAUAGCAACAAUACCCUCUUAUUUUUUUCAUUUACAAGUGUAUGAAUAUUCCAUCAGUAAACUAUGGUAAAACUGCAAAUAUUGAAGGAACUAUCCCACUGGGCACAGAAGUAAUUUCAACGUCUAGUUUUGAUUUUAUAUUUGGUUGACCAAUCAGUUUUCUAUAUUGAUUCAACAACAUGACAUAGCAAAAAUAUUCUAAAAUUAUGUGGAGCCAACGUUGAAUUAACCAAUAUUUGCCCAGUGGUAUAUUUAGAAUGAACAAUGUUAUCCUCUAAUGUACAGUUGUGUAUGCAGUCUAUAUGCUGCUAAUAGGCAGUUGUGUAUGCAGUCUAUAUGCUGCUAAUAGGCAGUUGUGUAUGCAGUCUAUAUGCUGCUAAUAGGCAGUUGUGUAUGCAGUCUAUAUGCUGCUAAUAGGCAGUUGUGUAUGCAGUCUAUAUGCUGCUAAUAGGCAGUUGUGUAUGCAGUCUAUAUGCUGCUAAUAGGCAGUUGUGUCAGUAAGGUUUUAUGACCUUCACAUGAGCUGUUGCCUUAUUGUCUCAACCAUUUGACAAAGCCAUUAUCUAAAGGGUCAUUCAGCAUGAAUAAAGAAUGAGUAAAACGUUUGAAGUUGCUUUUUUUCUGAUCUCUCAAUCUCUCCGGUGUACACAGUUACCCCCAUAACUGAAGCCAAAGGGGAAAGCAAAGAGGAAGAGAAAGAGAAAAAAAAAUAUUUUCAAACGAAAGACAAUGAGAAAAAAGGUAUAUUGAUUAACAGUAGUCUAGUAGUAUUUGUACUGUAUGUUGUGUGUGUUACAAAAUAUAGUUGUGUCAGAUUUAAAAAUAGUUUAGUAUGAUCCAACAACUCAACUCUGUUAUGGAAGCAGAUGGGGAUCAGUGAAACUCACUCCUCAGCCUGAAGUGAAUUCACUUGAGCUGCUGAACAGUUAGCUUUUUGGUGGAGCAACUGGGUAGACACUUCAGAAGGGGGGUCAUGUGUGUUUGCGAGGCAGAGGUCCUGGGUUCAAGCUUUGAUAUGAGCUGAAUCAGGAGGAAGCGGUAGUCGUUAAGCAAGCAGCGUGACAUCCUUUACAAUGGUGCCAAUUGACUCAGAUCUGCAGUUGCGCUCAGCUCAAUGCUGGGUUCCCCGUGGA